AUGCCAUUUCGACGUGUGGCCUUGGACACCAUCGACAUAUCGGGCUGGGAAAAAAUAGCUGGCAAACUGGAUAGCUUCACGGAGGAGGUGGGGAGCGCGGGGGGUACCUCCGAGUGCUCCCCAGAGGCAGACUGCGCUGCUUUGGCCAUUAUCCAAGGCAGCCGGUCCGCCAGUCCUCCGCCCCAGGAAGGAGCUGACCACCAAGAAGACGUCGAUAGUGGUACCACACGGGAUCACAGAGACGAGAAUGACUGCAUCUUUCUCUUAUCUAACGACCAGCAAGAGGACUGUGAAGAAACCUAUACGGUUUGUGAAAGUGAUCGAAAGCAAGAGCUGUUAUACAGCAUUGACCUGGAGAUUGAGGAGUUUAGAAGCAGAUUGCUGUCAGUGCUAAGCAUCAACCCACAGCAACUGCAGGAUGAUGGGUAUCGAGGUAUGCACAUUGAAGGCAGUGGAGGUCGAGUGCUAACGUCCACCAUACAUCAGCACCAGCAGCAGCACAUAGGUGACAAUCAUCUUGCAAGUGCUGGGAAGGCAGACAACGAUAGUGUCUACCUGGGCAGUGUAUGCGGCGGCUCUCACCAGUUGUUCCCAGACUCCACGUUUGGCAGCACAACACCAGAUAGUGGCCUGGAAGCAUCAUUCACUGACAGUAAUGAGCGUUGCACACCUCUGUCAAGCCAAUCUUCAUGCGGGCCGCAGCGCCUUGUACCAGACCAUCUCUACCUCUAUGACAAUGAGUUGGACCUGACCCACUGCCUUAUCCACUUGCUGAUGCUGGCAUCUGCCAUUUCUCUUGCUCUGCAGAGGUCAGAGUAUAUGGUGUAGUCUAGAUCUCAUACCGCAUACGAGUAUUGCCAAGUGGCUGUGAUCAUUAUAGCUGACAAUCAACUUCUUUAAAAACCGUUUCAACAA